AUGGGCAUAGGAGACGAGAUGAGAAACAGAAAUGGGGGAGAAAUUGGGAGAGAAAAUUCACGUGUUGGUAACGCACUUGCUAUUGGCGUGGGACCCAAAGCAUUUGUGUGUGGUCUAAAAGCAACCAUAGUAGGAAUCUUUGUCCGUUAA